AUGGCGAGUGUUAUAUCGUUGUUGUUGUUCGCAGUGUGUGUGUAUUUUUCAUAUGUGGAAGCUCAUGUUUCAUUGACUUUUCCGCCGGCGCGAAAAUUUGAUUUGGAUUUUCUUGAUAACUCCAGGACGAAGGGGCCAUGCGGUAUGCCAAAAGGAAAUAUUCGAACAUCUCUGAUGAGCGGCUCCACCUUCAACGUGACCUGGCAUUUAGCUUAUGCGCAUCGAGGUGGAUUCAGGCUGCAACUAUUAGAUUAUUUGGAGCGACCACUUCUGGAUCUGACACCAUCAAGUGGUGGUUCUGAAUUUGUUAAACAAGAUGCAACGGCACAAUCUUUCUUGGUACAUUUACCAGCUGAUUUUACUUGUGAGAAUUGCACUUUGAGAUUAUUGCGUCAAGCUGAUGAAUGGGGCGGCAACUACAGAUUUUGGUCUUGUGCUGAUAUUGAUAUAAAAGAUCGUCGUCACUACAGAGAGUCCUGUUUCGGCCACGGAAGAUAUCUUCUAGGAAAAUGCAAAUGCGACCGCCUCUACGGAGGUCCUCGAUGUCAGUACCGUGAAGAAUGUCUGGAAGACGGCGACUGCGGUCAAAGGGGAAGAUGUGUCGACCAUGGAGGAAGUUCGCUACCAAGACAACAGUGUUAUUGCGAAUUAGGAUGGUACGGACCCGGAUGCAAUAAACGGUCUCCGAUGAAAACUACCGACAUCGAUUUUUCGGGAUACACUUCGAAACAAUUGAGCCCAGACUUUAGGCUACAUUGGAGGAUACUGGAAGAACAGAAAGAAAUUGAGGUUGUGAUGGUCGUGAACGGGACAUCAUACGCCGCUUUGGGCUGGAGACCGCGAUCUCUCACCGCCAAAUGCAGAAACUUCCCGCAGAUUGGAAAGAAAAUUGCUGCCACGGCAGAUACAACAACAGAACCAGAACCGGAACCGACAAGCGAACCAAGCGCCGAACCAGAGCCUGAACCAACUAGUGAACCUACUGCAGAACCAGAACCACACAGUGGGGAAAAAACCAAGACGAAACGUGUGGCCAGGCCUGCUGCCAAUGAAGAACUAACUUCGGAACCAGAUGUCACGGUGCAAACCAGCGUCAGUUAUAGAGUCAGUACCAGACACGGUCGCAGAAAGCGUGAAGCAGAAGAAAACUUGAGCGAACCACAAGAGGGCAUCAGAAAAUCCAAAACAGCAUUCAUUGAUUUCCACGAUGCCGAACCAGUUUCAGCAGCUGAACCGAGCGCUGAACCAGAACCCGGCUCUGAACCAGAACCAAGUUCUGAACCCGAACCAGCAUCUGCUGAACCAGAACCAAGCUCGGAACCAAACGCAGAACCGGAGCCUACGAGUGAACCAAACGCAGAACCGGAACCUAAAUCCGAGCCAGAACCUAAAUCUGAACCUGAACCUACUUCAGAACCUACAUCAGAACCCGCUUCUGAACCUGAGCCAAAAUCUGAACCAGAACCGAAAUCUGAGCCAGAACCGAGUUCCGAACCGGAACCCAGCUCUGAGCCAGAACCCAGUUCAGAGCCUGAACCAAGUUCAGAGCCAGAGCCUAGCUCAGAACCUGAACCAACGUCGGAACCCGAACCAAAAUCAGAACCUGAACCAGAACCUAAAUCAGAGCCGGAACCUAAACCAGAACCGGAACCAACAAGUGAACCAAGCGCCGAACCAGAGCCUGAACCAACUAGUGAACCUACUGCGGAACCAGAACCACACAGUGGAGAAAAAACCAAGACCAAACGAGUGGCCAGGCCUGCUGCCAAUGAAGAACUAACAUCGGAACCAGAUGUCACGGUGCAAACCAGCGUCAGUUAUAGAGUCAGUACCAGACACGGUCGCAGAAAGCGUGAAGCAGAAGCAUUUAUUGACUUCCACGAUGCCGAACCAGUUUCGGCAGCUGAACCAAGCGCCGAACCAGAACCCGGCUCUGAACCAGAACCAAGUUCUGAACCCGAACCAGCAUCUGCUGAACCAGAACCAAGCUCGGAACCAAACGCAGAACCGGAGCCUACGAGUGAACCAAACGCAGAACCGGAACCUAAAUCCGAGCCAGAACCUAAAUCUGAACCUGAGCCUACUUCAGAACCUACAUCAGAACCCGCUUCUGAACCUGAGCCAAAAUCUGAACCAGAACCAAAUUCUGAGCCAGAACCGAGUUCCGAACCGGAACCGAGCUCUGAGCCAGAACCCAGUUCAGAGCCUGAACCAAGUUCAGAGCCAGAGCCUAGCUCAGAACCUGAACCAACGUCGGAACCCGAACCAAAAUCAGAACCUGAACCAGAACCUAAAUCAGAGCCGGAACCUACUUCCAAAUCAGCACCAGUCAGCAAGUCUGCUCAAGCUCAAUCAGACUCCUACGCUCCUAAACACGAUUUCAGUCCUAUGGAUUGUACAGAUAUUGUUAUUGGUACAGCUAGAGGAACAGCCAGCAGAAUUUGGGACUAUUAUACCAGAGACAGAUCGACACCAAGAAUGGAUACAUUCUGGGGUGGAAAAAGUGAUUUGACUGCUGCCAUGGGCUUUGAAAAAGACGGUGUGACAACAAUUCUAUUCAGGAAGAAGUUACAAGCUACAGAACCAACAGAUCAUUCAUUUGAGAAGGAGUUGAUGCAUGUCAUAUGGGCUAGGGGACAAGAAUUUGGGCACUACGUCCAUAAUCCGCCAUCAGGUAUAGAAAAGGAGGCGGUAUCAAUGAAAGAUUUCUACAAAGCGGAUGAGUUGAAAUACCAUGGACAUGGAAGUCAAAGGGGAGCGCUUACACUUAAUUUCUUUGAUGAAGCAAAACCAACACCAAAUUCUUCUGGUUCUGCAUCAAUUAUUGGUGAUUGUGGAGGAUCAUGGGGAACUCCACGAGGUUGUGACCCCGACCAAAAAGAUAAAGCUGGUUCUUGCGAAUACCAUGCAUCUUGGGAACUCACAGAUCGAGGAGAUGCAAUGCGAUUCACUAUUAAGACCACACAUACAGAUACUUGGACAGGCGUUGGCUUCUCUGAUGACGAUAAGAUGUCGCAAACAGAUGCUGUCUUAGGGUGGGUUGACAAAGGUGGACGCCCAUUCUUGAUGGACGCAUGGAUCAAUGGCUACGGAAUGCCAAAGCUUGAUGAUUCCCAAGAUAUCUACAACACCAGUGCUAAAUUGCAAGAUGGGGUCACAACGAUAUCGUUCACAAGAAAAAGAAUUAGCAAAGAUAAAUCACAGGAUUUAUCUUUCACUGAAGAUCAUUGCUUAUACAUGAUGUUCCCAGUUCAUGGAGGUGCUUUUAAUAGCGUGAAUAAAAAAACAAGAAGGCAUACUACAACUCCAGUUGUUUCAGAGAAACGUAUUUGCAUCAAGAGUUGCGGAAGAGACAUCGGUCGUGAAGAAGCAACCACCCGUCCACCUCCACCUCGUCUAGUUUACACAAUGCAAGUAAAACUUCUUCAGCUUGCCGAAGGUUUUACAGCACCUGACACAAAUAGUGAAGAUUUUGAUCAACUUGCAAAUACAGUUACUGGUGCAUUCCGUGGACCCCUGGAACAUUUGCCUGGUUUUAGCAGUCUUGAUGUAAUGGAAUUCCAAGACUUGGAUGGAGCUGUGAUAGCAAAAAUGCGUUUAUUGCUUGACAAAGCUUCUUACGAAAAAGGCAGAUCUCUGGAUCCAGUCAGCAAUGAUGUCGAUGUUGUAGCAGAUUCCGAAGAGCAAGUUAAAAGCGCUAUUAGAGACACUCUGGCACCUGGCAAAGUUGGAAAUUUGAAUGUUGAUCCAGGAUUCUUGGUUUUUGAAAGCCAUAGUUUAACUUCUGCACCAGUUUUGGAAUCUUCUGAAGAUUUUGGAGGUGGCUUUUUCCGACUUACUGGUACCAGAUUGUAUUCAGUCCUUGGUUGUAUAGCAGCCCUGGUUUUAGUCGCGAUUAUUCAAGCAGGUUGCACAAUAUAUAAGACCAGCAGAGGAGGAAGCAAUCAAAAGGACCAAUUAAUACCCCACUCUGCCUGGAAGGACUACAGUGCAGCCAACACCAACUACGCUUUUGAUGCCUUCGAGACUGAAGAGAAGCACCCGACCAACGGAGGAGCUCAUCCAAGAACCCCAACAAAAGUUUACAACACAAAUCUACCACCAAGUAAACAAGCAGCAGCUGCAAUUUUAUCUUCGACCCAAACACUACCUUAUUACGAACACAGCAGAAGUUUACAAAGAUCUAACGGGAAAUCAAAUAAUAACUACAGCCAUGGCGGGUACCAGCAAGGACACUCGCCGCCAGUCAGUUACCAGAUGCAACCAGACAGAAGCACUUAUUCUCUUCCCAGGACAAACCACGGACAUGCUUUAGGAAACUCUGGAAUGCAUAAUGGGUAUUAUACCCAAGACAGGAGGGCACACAGGAACCAAGGACACCAGCAACAGCACGUUGGGGAUAUGCCUGCGGAUUUCUAUUUCAUGCCUUCUCAACGCAAAUAUAGUGGUGAAGUGGUCAGGGUGUACGUAGACUAUAACAAGGACCCAAAGUGAACAGUAGAUUUAUAGAAAAUAUAAAAAGUCAUGCUAGUUUUUGUUUAAACAAAAAAAUUAUGGACGCAAGUUCAUAUAACUAAUAACGACUUAAAUUGUAAGUCGAAUUUGUCUGAAGAUUG